CUCAUUACCUCUCCAGUGACCAUUGUCAAUUAUAAGACAAAAACUCCCACGGUUUAUAAAGGUUUGAGCGUACGUGUGCGCGCACAGAGCGCAUCUUCGCUCACAACACACAACCUGUGUUUGUGCUAUUGUUUGUGAUUAUACAAUAUAGUUUUACGAAAUGGCGAUACAUGCAUUAUCCCUCCUGGUGGUAAUACUAGGAUAUACGUGUUUUACUGCAGAAAGCGAAGCUGUGAAAAGAACAGUAUCUUCAGAACAAAUAAAUAAAGAUGACCUGAAAACAGACGCUAGCACAUAUGGUCGUCGUUAUUAUGACUGGGGCGGAUACCCCAGUGCCAGUGGCUACAGUGGUUACGGCGUAACUGGACAUGGUAUUAUUGAUAACAGAUACAAUUCAUUUUACGGAGGUGGCUAUGACAACACAUACGGGUAUAGUGGUGGAUAUAACGGUUACGCCGGUAACACAGGUUAUGGUGGUUAUAAUGAUUAUAAUUACAAUGGACACAGAGGAUACGGAGGAUAUGGAGGCUAUGGUUUGAGCAGUUUUGGCGGGAAUGGCGGAUACGGAGGCUACGGCGGAAACGGUGGUUUGAUCUCCUAUUACGGUUACAACAAUCCUUACAAUCAAGGCGCGUACCAUCUGGGAUACGGCUAUUACAACAAGAAGCCUGGCAAUAUAUACAACAGUGGCAUCACCCCUAACUUAGUUACGGGAUAUAGAGGCUAUUCUAGAAGAUAGAUUCUAAGCAUAUAAAAAUAACCUUGCGUAGCGCUAACAAUACCAUACUACUGUAGAUUUCAUCUGAUAUGGUAUAUUUUGUUUAACAUAUCCAUAAUAUAUAAAAUAUUAUAUUCAAAAUCGAUGACACUGUCUAAUAUUUAUUAGUAAUCAAUAUAAUUAGCAUUAUAUAACCAUUUCUUGAAUAAUGUUCAAUUGAAACAGCUAAAACAUUAUUAUCAGGAAUAAUUAGAUCUCAUUUCUUAUGCAGCUUAGAAUGGCAAGCCGACAAACUGGCGGCCCACAUUAUGAAAAUGUUGGCCUAUAGACAUUAGCCAAAAUUUAAACAUAAGUAAAAAAUUGUCAAGUGGAUUUCUAAGAUUUGCCGCAUAUUGCCAACUCUAAACAAUAUAUUGUUAAAAAUAAAAUCAUAAUUUGUAACAAUAGCAUUAAAAAGUCAAAAAAAUGUGUGCUGGUAAUUGCAUAAAUAAAUUAAAUAUUGGAUAAUAAUUUUAUUAAAUUUAAAAUCGAUUUAAUAUUUCUGAAGAUUUGUUAUAAGAGUAUUUAUAAAAAGUAAAAACUUAUUAUAAUAAAUAAUUAUUAGCGUCCAAUCAUAAUGAUCGUAAAUAAAUAAAUGAUCGUAAUUGCAAUCGUUAUAAAAGAUCCCGAAUACUGCAAACGUUACGAAUAGAUGACAUUGAGAAACAAACUUAUUAAGUGUGAAAAUUAAAAAAUCCCAUAUCACUACUUGUAACCUCAUAAUCUCUGCAUUCUUUUCUCUCUGACCGACUUGAAAUUGAUCAAAUAUUUUCUCUCUGAACAAUACAACUAUUUAGUAGGUCCGAUAAGUUUCAUUUUUUUUCAUUUCAAUAUAUGUAUAUUGUAUGUACAAGAAGUUGGUUGGAGAGGAAGGACUUUAGGGUAGUGAAGUAUAAACAAUGGCAAAAUGUUAUUUCUUUAUUAAAACUAACAUUGUGUAAAAAAAUAACCAAAGUAAUUCCAAAGUUAGCAAUAAAAUUACUUAUAGUUACUUCAUAUUUAAUUAAUCAGUAAUUUAUAUUUUGUGUAGCUUAUAUAACUUGUAAAAGAUUUUGUUAAACUGAUUCCAAAUAAAACAAUAUUGAAUAUU